CGGUGCGAUAAUUCACGCAAACAAAUACACAGAUGAUUUAAAUAGCAAAGUACAUAAAUAUGCUUACACAUUCGUAAAACGCAGUAAUUAGUUAAAAGUUGUACGUCGAUUGACAACGUGGUUAAUUUAGCAAAAAGUGAGUCACUUCAAUUUUUAACGUACAUUAUGGCUACAUUUUCGAUGGGCCAACAAACUUAUGCUGUUCCAAUGGCAUUGUUUCGAAAAAAUCGUGCUAAAGUUUGCGCUGCUUUAAGAGAAAAUGCUGCCAUUGAGCGAUCAACUUAUGUCCUAAUGCAGGGCGGUCGAGAUGUUAGCUUUAAUGAUACAGAUGUUAGUUUUCUUUUCCGUCAAGAAUCUUAUUUUCAAUAUUUAUUCGGUGUUAAGGAGCCAGAUUGCUAUGGUGUUCUUAAUAUUGACACUGGCGUAGCUACAUUGUUUGUGCCGCGAUUGCCGGAAUUUUAUGCAACCUGGAUGGGUCGAAUAAUAAGUUUGGAUGAAUUUAAGGCUAUGUACGAAGUAGAUGAAGCACGCUACGUCGACGAAUUGGAUGUAUUUUUUGAAAAAGCAGGCCCCAAAUUAAUUCUAACAUUAAGUGGUCUAAAUACGGAUAGUGGUUUGAGUUCGAAACCAGCCCAUUUUGAAGGAAUUGAAAAAUAUGUAGUUAAUUGCGAUUUGCUGCACCCUAUAAUAGCUGAAUGUCGUGUAAUAAAAAGUCCCGAAGAAAUUGAAAUUUUACGUUAUGUAGCCAAAGUCUCUUCCGAUGCCCAUAUUAAGGUUAUGCAAUUUAUGCGUCCAGGUCGCUGCGAAUACGAAGGCGAAUCGUUGUUUCUUCAUCAUGCUUACGCGGUGGGCGGCUGCCGUCAUACUUCAUACACAUGCAUUUGCGGCACAGGUGUCAAUUCAGCUGUACUACACUACGGGCAUGCCGGUGCACCCAACGACAGAAUCGUUAAGGAUGGUGAUAUGUGCUUAUUCGAUAUGGGGGCGAAUUAUUGUGGUUAUGCUGCUGAUAUUACUUGCAGCUUUCCGGCUAACGGUAAAUUUACCGCAGAUCAGAAAUUUAUCUAUAAUGCAGUGCUGGCUGCGCGUAAUGCGGUAUUAAAGGAGGCCCGUGACGGCGUAUCAUGGGUGGAUAUGCAUCGUUUAUCCUGUCGCGUUAUGCUACAGCAGCUCAAGGAUGGUGGCAUGUUGAAGGGUGAUGUUGAGGAAAUGUUAUCGGCUGGCUUGCCAGGUAUCUUUCAACCACAUGGUUUAGGUCAUUUAAUUGGGUUAGAUGUUCACGACGUAGGGGGCUAUUUAGAGGGUCAACCACCGCGCCCAACAGAGGAUUGGCUGAAGAAUUUGCGUUUUGCUCGCAUACUCAAAGCAGGCAUGUAUGUGACUGUCGAACCUGGCUGCUAUUUUAUAAAUAUCCUUAUGGAUCGUGCCCUCGCUGAUAAUAGUUUAAAUGAAUUCAUUAAUAAGCCUGUGUUUGAACGGUUUCGCAAUUUUGGUGGCGUACGCAUCGAAGACGAUGUUUUAAUUACGCAAAACGGUUGCGAAAACUUUGCUAUAGUUCCACGUACCGUUCAAGAAAUUGAAAAAUGCAUGGAUCAAAAGCGUAAUUGGAAGAAUUAAGGUUUUUGCUCCAUAAUGCAAACAUUGGUAUUGGUAUUGAUAAUACAAAGAAUGGCUGAAUGCUAAUUUCGAAAAAUUAGUUACAAAAAAAAAAAAAAAAAAAAAAA